AUGUCGAGGCGAAUGACGAGAGCGAGCCUGAAGGCCGAGCUGCGCAAGAAUGAAGACACUUCCUCGAGUCCAUCCGUUCCCGAGCCUUCGCCACCGGCAUCGGGGCUCGCAGGGCCGGCGCCCCUCCGCCUCCCAGACCAGACCGCCUGGGAGCAGUGGCUGCAGCGCUCGCACGGCGAGUCGCCAGGCGUGUGGCUGCAGAUCGCCAAAAAGAACGCCGAGAGGCCGACCGUCACGUACGACGAAGCCCUCGACGUCGCCCUGUGCUUCGGCUGGAUCGACGGCCAGCGCAAGGCCUUUGACGCGCAGCACUUUGUCCAGCGCUUCACGCCGCGCAGGCGGAACAGCAUGUGGUCGCGGCGCAACGUCGGCAAGGUCGCCGCGCUGACCGCGGCGGGGCGCAUGACGCCCGCCGGCCAGGCCGAGGUCGACGCCGCCAGGGCGGACGGCCGUUGGGACCGGGCGUACUCGUCCGCGAGCGUCAUGGAGGUGCCCGCCGACUUUGAGGACGCGCUGCGGGGGAACGCCGAGGCCAAGCGGUUCUUUGACGCGCUGGGCAGGACGCAGCGGUACGUGUUCCUGUGGCGCAUCGAGACGACAAGGCGGCCCGAGACGCGCAAGAGGAAGAUUGCCGAGUUUGUGGACCUCCUUUCGGAGCGUAAACUCCUGCAAUGA